AUGGACGCACCUCCUCCCCACACAACAUUCAUGACAGCAAGCGAUCAAAGAAGAAGAAUGGAACAACGCAGCGGCCAGCAAAACCAUUCGACUAAAAAUGACUCCAGUAAUGAAAGAUUACCAUCACGGGCCCGCAAUCCCAUCCCAAGCGUUAAUAUGGUGCCAGAACCAACAGUCACCACAACUACCACAACUAGGACCAUCCCAAACGUCGGUAUGGCACAAGCAUCAACGACCACCACGACCAUCACGACCGUCUCGACCGUCUCGACCACGACCGUCAUCACAAGAGAUGUGGCUGCUCAAGACUCAAAUGAGUCAAACCCAACACCCAUACCUGCAUCUUCGGCGAAUUCCACUACACAACAACCCCAAUGCCCACGAACACCACGACUACGACCAAUGGAAUUACAUCGAGAACAACGAAAUCCACAACAACGACACCCACAUCCCGGCCAGCACAUGGCCUCACUAUGGAUCAAUCUCGGGGUUGAAUACUGA